AUGAACGAAGGAUAUGCUGUCAAAGUUCCAACUGAAGAUACAGAGCAAGUAGAUGGCAAAGUUUGGUACCUGCCACAUCAUGGAGUGUAUCAUCCAAAGAAGAAAAAGUUGAGAGUGGUGUUUGAUUGUGCGGCUAGAUUUCAAGGCACAUCAUUAAAUGAUCAACUUUUACCUGGACCAAACUUAACUAGUUCACUUGUGGGUACACUAUUGAGAUUCAGACAAGAGGAGAUUGCAGUGAUGGGAGACAUAGACAGUAUGUUUUACCAAGUUCAUGUACCAAAACAAGAUGCAAGCUUCCUUAGAUUUCUGUGGUGGGAAGAUGGAGACACGACUAAGAAGAUCGUAGAGUAUCAGAUGGUAGUACACUUGUUUGGCGCAUCAUCAUCGCCUAGUUGUGCUAAUUACGCUCUUAGAAAAACUGCUAGAGAUUCUGAAGAACUCUUUGAUUCUGAGAUCAUCAACACUGUGUUUAAGAACUUUUAUGUUGAUGACUGUCUUAAGUCUGUCAAGACUGUUGAUUGUGCUAUUGACUUAAUUAAGGAUAUACAAAGACUUCUUACUCGGGGAGGAUUUCACAUUUCAAAGUGGAUAAGCAACAACAGAGAUGUCAUGAUGACAAUUCCAAUCUCAGAGCGAGCAAAAGAAGUCAAGGGCCUCGACUUAGAUUAUGAUGCACUACCGAUUGAAAGAGCCUUGGGAGUUCAGUGGUGUGUGGAAUCAGAUGUGUUCCGUUUCAACAUAGAAGUUAAUAAGAAACCCCUUACACGAAGAGGAGUCUUAUCCAUGAUAAGUAGUGUUUUUGAUCCUUUAGGAUUUCUGGCACCGUUCGUGCUGAGAGCAAAGAAAAUACUUCAGGAGUUAAGUAGAAUUCAUCUUGGAUGGGAUGAUACCAUACCUCAGAAAUUUUCCGAACAAUGGAACAGCUGGUUUUGUGACCUACAGAAGUUAUCAGAAUUUAGGAUAGACAGAUGUGUUAAACCUGUUGGAUUUGGAACAGUGUGUUCUGCCCAAUUGCACCAUUUUUCGGACGCCAGUGAAGUUGGUUAUGGGAUUGUGUCUUAUCUGCGAUUGGAAAAUGUCAACAACGAUGUCCAUUGUUCUUUCAUAAUGGGAAAGUCGCGUGUGGCUCCUUUGAAGCACACAAGUAUCCCAAGACUAGAACUAACAGCAGCAACAGUUGCCGUGCGUACCGAUAAAAUGCUAAAAGCAGAAUUAGACAUUCCUAUAGACGAAACUGUUUUCUGGACAGACAGUAUGGCUGUGUUACGUUACAUUAGAAAUGAAACAUCAAGAUUUCACACAUUUGUAGCUAACAGACUUGCUGUUAUUCAUGAAGGAUCAACACCACAGGAAUGGAAAUAUGUUAAUACCAAACUCAAUCCUGCAGAUUAUGCUUCAAGAGGACUUUCAGCAAAUGAAAUAGUGCAGCAAGGACGCUGGAUCCAAGCUCCAGAAUUUCUAUGGACUUCUGUUGGUUGUUGGCCAGAAACACCUACAGAAAAUUUGCGUGAAAUACUAGAUGAUCCGGAAGUGAAAAAAGCAUCAGUUAGAGCAUUAGUAGCUGAUAUACACAAGGCAGAACCAAGUGUUGACCUGAUGGGUGUUGAGAAACUUAUCAAUCAUCAUUCUUCUUGGUAUACGUUAAGGAAAACUGUGGCAUGGAUUUUGAGGAUCCACAGCACACUACUUCAUCGUAUUCAACGAAAGAAACUUAUUGACAACCCAUCAUCUAAUGAAAGGGUUGGAUCCCCACCAGAUGUCUUGGGACACAUUUCGCUUCAGGACUUACAGAAAGCUGAAAUCGCUAUUUUGCGAUAUGUACAACGUGAAACAUUCUGUGAUGAACUGAGUACUCUUGCAGAAGGAAACUCACAUGUGAAGCGAAACAGUUAUAUACGGAAACUCGACCCAGUUUUCGAUGAAGAUGGACUUUUGCGGGUAGGAGGACGACUUCAGAGAGCCAAUAUGCCAAUUGAAUGUAAACAUCCUAUUAUCUUACCCAAGAACCAUCACAUUUCGACUUUGAUUCUCAGACAAAUCCAUGAAGACUUGAAACAUAGUGGUAGAAACCAUAUGAUGGCAGUUUUGAGGGAGAAAUAUUGGCUAGUUCAUGCAGCUUCAGCAAUACGUAAACUUGUCUCAAAGUGCACAAUAUGUCGUCGUCAAGGAUCAAGUGUUGGAGAACAAAAGAUGGCCAGUUUACCAGAAGAUAGACUGAUCCCAGAUGAACCACCAUUCACCAGAGUAGGUGUAGAUUAUUUUGGACCAUUUAUCGUGAAACAAAAGAGAAGUCAUGUGAAACGAUAUGGAGUUCUAUUUACAUGUUUGACCAGUCGUGCAGUUCAUUUAGAAGUAGCAGCAUCUCUGGACACCGACUCAUACAUCAACGCACUACGUCGCUUUAUUGCUCGCAGAGGUCAAGUUGUCAGGAUGCGAUCAGACAAUGGUACCAACUUUGUAGGAGCUGAGCGGGAGUUAAGGAGUGCCAUCAACGAAUGGAAUGUGUCUUAG